AAUUCAGUUUUUCAGCAAAAUGAAAAAGUGGAUGGACAUGUCAAAUCUACCACAGGAAUUCCGAGAGCGAGUGGAACGGCUGGAGAGAAAUUUUGAAGUGUCAACAGUGAUUUUCAAAAAGUUUGAACCCAUAUUUUUGGAUAUAUUUCAAAACCCUUAUGAAGAAGCUACGAAGCCACAAAGAAGCAGGAAGCAGAGGCGAGUGCCGUGCAGCGUUAAGGAUCUCUUCAACUUCUGCUGGACUGUCUUUGUGUAUACGAAGGGUAAUUUCCGUAUGAUUGGAGAUGAUUUAGUAAAUUCCUAUCAUUUGCUUCUGUGCUGCUUGGAUCUGAUUUUUGCAAAUGCCCUUUUGUGUCCGAAUAGAAGAGAUUUGCUAAAUCCAUCGUUCAAAGGCUUACCCGCAGACUUCCACGCAGCGGAGACCCCAGCCUCUGCAGAGCCUCCCUGCAUCAUUGCCACGCUGUGUGAGCUGCACGAUGGGCUGUUGGUGGAAGCUAAAGGAAUAAAGGAACACUACUUCAAACCAUACAUUUCAAAACUCUUUGAAAGGAAGAUCUUAAAAGGAGAAUGUCUGUUGGAUCUGUGCAAUUUUACAGAAAAUAACAAAGCGUUGAAUAAAGAGUACGAGGAAUAUGUUCUGACAGUGGGUGACUUCGAUGAGAGAGUUUUCCUAGGAGCAGAUGCCGAGGAGGAAAUCGGCACCCCUCGGAAGUUCCCUGCCGACAUGCCAGCGGGGAAAACAGCAGCAAGAGCCCAUGUGGAGUGUCACCUGCAGCAGCAUUUUGAAAAGAAAAGGUCAUUUGCCCCUUCAACUCCACUGACUGGCAGAAGAUACCUGCGAGAGAAAGAGGCUGUCAUCACCCCUGUUGCUUCAGCAACGCAGAGUGUGAGUCGGUUGCAGACUAUUGUGGCUGGCCUGAAAAAUGCCCCCAGCGAACAACUUGCAGCUAUUUUUGAAUCGUGUGCGCGCAGCCCUAUGGAAAGCAUCGUGAACAGAGUGAAGGAAAUAGGUGAAACUUUCUGUCGGAGCUACACUCGGUCAACGGAUGAACAGCCGGGGUCUCAUAUAGAUUUUGCUGUAAACAGAUUAAAACUGGCAGAGAUCUUGUACUAUAAAAUCUUGGAGACUAUAAUGGUACAAGAAACACGAAGACUGCAUGGGAAGGACAUGACUGCUCUCUUGGAACAAGAUGUCUUUCACCGUUCCCUGAUGGCAUGCUGCUUGGAGAUUGUGCUUUUUGCCUAUAGCUCCCCUCGCACCUUUCCCUGGAUCAUUGAAGUUCUUGAUCUCAAGCCUUUCUAUUUUUACAAGGUCAUCGAAGUCCUGAUUCGGUCUGAGGAAGGUCUCUCCAGAGACAUGGUGAAACAUCUCAACAGCAUCGAGGAGCAGAUUCUCGAGAGCCUGGCCUGGACUCGGGAGUCAGCGCUCUGGAAUGCACUCCAGGCUUCGGAAAACAAGGUCCCAACCUGUGAAGAAGUAAUCUUUCCCAGUAACUUUGAAGCAAGCAAUGGAGGAGGUGGCCUGGGGCACUUGCCUAUGAUGCCGAUAUCUCCUAUAAUUCAUCCCCGAGUGAAAGAGGUUCGGACAGAUCUUGGUGGGAGUUUAAGACGGGACCUGCAGCCGCUGUCGCCGAUCUCUGUCCAUGAGCGCUACAGUUCUCCCACGGCUGGGAGCGCCAAGAGGAGGCUCUUUGGAGAUGACAGCCCCAAAGAGAUGCAGGUGGAAAAGGUUUUCACUGAAGGCACUAAGCUGACAAUUGCUCCUGCUUCGAGCGUCCUUGCUGAAAAUGUCUCUGUUUCUCCUGGGCAAACAGUACUGACCAUGACAACUGCUACAGUAGCAGGGAAAACGGGACAGAAAGUCACCAUCCCGCUGCAAGGUAUUGCAAAUGAGAUGGGAGGGAUCACGUUGAUCCCCAUUUCCAUGAAUUUAGGUCAGCUGUCUAAAACGGAGGCUCUGGCUCCCAGCCAGCCUCCGGUGCAUCAAGGGCAAGAAGCGCCUCCUUCAUCAGGAAGCAAGCCGAAGAAAACGGGCUCCUUGGCGCUGUUUUAUAGGAAGGUGUAUCACCUGGCCAGCGUGCGCCUGCGCGAUCUGUGCCUCAAGCUGGACGUUUCCAACGACCUGCGCAGGAAGAUAUGGACUUGUUUUGAGUUCACGUUGGUUCAUUGCGCCGAUCUGAUGAAGGAUAGGCACUUGGACCAGCUCCUCCUUUGUGCUUUUUACAUCAUGGCAAAGGUAACCAAAGAAGAAAGAACUUUUCAGGACAUAAUGAAAAGUUACAGAAAUCAGCCACAGGCAAACAGCCAUGUUUACAGGAGUGUCUUGCUGAGGAAUAUUCCUGGGGAUGUUCCACUUGACACAGAUACGAGUCAAGAUGUAGAGAUGAUGGAUGAGUCCUCUGUGAAAAGUUGUUCCUCGGCACAAUCUGCAACAGAAAACUCCAGUGAGUCAGGAACAGAGGAGAGAGGUGAUCUGAUCAAAUUUUACAAUGCAGUCUAUGUAGGAAGAGUAAAAUCAUUUGCACUGAAGUACGAUAUCACAAACCAGGAUCACGUAAUGGAAGCUCCUCCCUUGUCUCCGUUCCCAAACAUUAAGCAGCAGCCAGUGUCUCCUCGGCGGAUAUCUCAGCAGCACUCGGUUUACGUUUCGCCUCACAAGAACGGCGCCUGCCUGACCCCUCGAUCUGCUCUGCUCUAUAAGUUUAGUGGGAGCCCUUCCAAGAGCUUGAAGGACAUCAACAACAUGAUAAAACAAGGCGAACAGAGAAGUAAGAAACGUGCGAUAACGAUUGAUAGUGACACAGAGUCCCCUACAAAACGGCUGUGCCAGGAAAACGAUGACGUUCUGCUGAAGCGACUCCAGGAUGUUGUCAGUGAGCGAGCAAAUCACUAAGGCUGCCUGGUUUCUCUGGGAUCUACGAGCUGUGG